AUGCUCGACGUCUGGGUCCCGAUGCGGGCUGCAUCGAGGCGAGAUCGCAAUCAGCAAGAGCAUAAGGGACUUCGUACACACUCAAUCAAUCCAACCUUAUCAAGCGAGCAUUCACGAAUCGCGCCGACUGAGCAAACACAGCUGCGGCAACCACCUUGCAACCAUCAUGAGCGCACUCAAUUGACGAGCUUUUUAACAGCUCUUUCUAUACCUGCACUCUCACUUUCUUUUGGCAAGACACUGGCGACGCGUCACAGCCAGCGUGCACUGCGCGCGCUUGCGCGUCGCCCACGAUACAUCCCCGCACAUGAUCAACAGCCGACGGCAUCAAGCUUCACCUCAUGGCUCUCCGAAGAGCAUCGACAGACAUUGGCACAAUUUCGACAAGUCCUCUUGGAUAUUCAAGAUGGCACAGCAACGAGUGAUCGGGAGGUGCAAGCGUGGUUCAUGCAACGUGCAGUUCAGCUACAGGGAUUGUAUCAACGGACGCCGCUGGUGGUCAAGACUUUGGCAUUCCAGAUUCUUCCACUCAAGGCAAUACCCAAGAUGGAGGAUCUGUCCAAACCGGGUGCCAUGAUGGCGCUUGUACGGCAUGUCUUUUAUCGGUGCCGAGAGCGGCUUCCGUGGUUGUUGAGCAAUGCGUCUUUAUUGACACUUGCACUACUGAUUGUCGCACUCUUGGUGUCACACAGCUAUCUACGCGGUAAGAGCGCGAGACUGGCACAGGAGGAGGCGUAUGCGAGGAAGAUGGAGGAGCGACGGAAGUUUCUGGAGAUGUAUCCUGAGGGCCAUAUUGUGGAUGACCCGUUCUGGCGCGAGACCAGUGUACCGGCUGGACCUUUUCGUGGAGUCAAGUUGUGA